GCGGGAGGGCUCUUGAGCGCGUAAACCGUAUCCCUUCAUUCAUCAGGGCCGUUUCCUGAAGCCAUUUCUAGACGGGCAGAAACGAGAGUUGCGCUACUUUUUAAUCCGUUGCAUCUGCCUAAAUGCACUCACUUGAGGAAGAAUACUUUACAAAAGUCGAUGAAUCAGACUGUCAUCUUCACUUAUCUGUCAUUAUUUGUGUGACUAUCGCGGCGGAUUAGCAAGCAAUACGGUGCUUUUGAAAAAAGUAAAAAAAAAAAAAAAAAAAAAAGGGGUUACCCCUUGAAUAACGCAAGAUGAGAAGAGGGAUCUCCUCGGCUCCGGACAAAGUGAUUUUAGCGGGUUUAGGAGGCUCUUCUCUGGACAAUAACAUCAUCUUAACAACUCUCACGGAUCGGUUAAACCCGGGGCAAAGCAACGCGACGUAUAUCCAAAUAAUAACCACCCCACCGCCUUGCAACGUUACACAGACUAAUGUGUGUUUAUCCUCCGAGAUCAACAGCAUUUACACAACUCCACAACAAGCUGCAGGACAACGACCAGCUCUGGGCAGACCGCCGGCAAAAAGGCGGUUGGCGCUCGAUGAUUCGGACCACCAGUACCAGUCAGAACCAGCCAGGACUCCGAGAAGCAGAGGAGGGACCGCGGUGGCCAAUGGGGCACGGCUAAAGACACCCAGAACGCCCAAGUCUCCGCCAGAAAAGACUCGGUACGACACCUCACUGGGCCUGUUGACAAAGAAGUUUGUGGACCUUCUCGCUCAGUCUUCUGAUGGGGUCUUGGACCUCAACCUCGCCGCUGAAACCUUACAGGUACAAAAAAGGCGGCUGUAUGAUAUCACCAAUGUACUAGAAGGCAUUCACCUCAUCAAGAAGAAGUCAAAGAACAACAUUCAGUGGAUGGGCUGUAGUCUGUUGGAGGUAGAGGGGGCACUGAGCCAGAGACAGAUAUUAACGGCGGAAGUUUCUGCACUGGUAGAGGAAGAGCAGAGGCUCGAACAACUCAUCCAGAGAUGCAGCGUGGACAUGAGACACAUGAGCGAGAUGCAAAGCAACCAGAAAUAUGCCUAUGUAACGUACCAAGACAUCAAACAGCUGGGAAACCUCAGAGACCAGACCGUCAUUGUCGUCAAAGCGCCCACAGACACCAAACUAGAAGUACCAGAGCCCGAUGAGAGUUUGUCCAUCCAUCUGACCAGCACUAAGGGUCCUAUAGAAGUCCUGCUGUGCCCAGAUGAGGAGAAUGACCCCAGGAGUCCUGUAAAAAACGGCGGCAUGGACAUUAAUGGGAACUCUCCUUUCCUCAAAGUCCUUCAAGGUCCCACCUGCACGUCCACUUCUUCCAUCCCAUCCCUGGCUCCAACAUCUUCCUCCUCAGCCGUCUCCGUCACUACUCUGUCCCCCAUCUCGUCCCCUUACACCAGUCUUCUCCAGCAGACGGAGGACCAGAUCCCUGCAUCCCUGGGGCCUUUCUUAAACCUCGGGCCUCCUCUUCUGGACCAAGACGACUACCUUUUAGGUUUGGGAGACGACCAGGGAAUCAGCGACUUGUUCGACGCCUGUGACUUUGAUAAAAUGCCCUCUCUUGGCCUGGAUGAUCUCCUGUGCAGCUAGCAUUAGGUAAUUGAAAAUUCAGAUGAAGUGCAUGGGAGAGAGAGAGAGAAUGGAGAAUCAGUGAGGGUCUUGAUGUUUGUGACUGACUGUGUAGUUAGUGGAAACCAAUUUCUAAAUAGAUGGAAAGGAAUCAUUGAGGGCUUUUUUUUUUUUAUCAGUCCCAGUGGGACUAAAUGCCAUAUUCUUUCAUGGUGUGAGAGAUAAACGGCCUUGCAUGAUUUCACACAAAGACAUAACUGGUCAGUGUUGAAGACAUAUCCAUUACUCUUUGUCUCAGGCUUGGUAAGGGCCUCCAGUGUAGCUGGGCGUUGAGGGGCAUCCGAAAGCCUGUCUGUUUGGUUGAGUAGAAAUGGGGAGGGGAAGGAUAUCCAGCUCUCUGUGUGCAUGACGCAAGGUUCACGUCACUGUACAGAGAGACCAACAAAAGACAGAACAGCUCUAAGGAACACGCCCCCACACCACCUGGCAUUAACACACAUCAUGGGUCAUUGGGUUGGAUUCAGCAUAAAAUCCAAGUCUAAGUGCACCUGAGAUGCACAGAUAUGAUCGCCCCCAAAACCAUCACAGGGUUCAAUGUUGUUUUUCUUCACUUGCCCAGUCAGGCAAGUGGGUCAGAAACUACUUGCCCAAAGUCAGUUUUUACUUGCCCCUAUAUAAAAUAGUUUUAUU